ACUCUCACACAGAAUGGAGAAAUGAGGAAGUGGGUUGUUGUUGUGGUUAGCUAGCUAGCUAGCUGCUGAGGCUACAACAAGUUAUCCACCAGUGUGUUAACUUACGACUAAUUUCAAGGUUUAGUCAGGUAUCGUUGUUUUUAUACUUUAAAUGUUUAAAUGUUAUGUUCAUUUGUACGGAAUGUUUGAUAAAUGUAACGCUAGCUAGCUGACAGAGUAUUCUAGCAUAGACAGAUGGGUUACUCUAGUUAUCAAUACAUUGUAUUCUAGCUAGCUACAACAUAUAGCUACUUCUACAUUUGUGAUUCUACAAAAGGGACUGGAGACGAUGGAAAAACCUUUCUCCUAGCUAGCUACUAUCGCUUUAGUUUAGAUAUUUCUCCUCAGAGCCUUUCUGUGGUUAUCAGUUGUGGAUCUUCUCUUCAAGGCAAGGUGAGGGUGUAGUUAGUUGUUGACAGGGGUCACAUGAAUGUACUGCACCAGGAGGUCAAAGGACUGGGGUGGAAGGUUGAGGAGCGUGAACUGGCUGAGGGAAAGAAUUGUGGAGAUGGAGGUGUCAGGCUACCAGUCCAAGCUGCUGUGUGAGCUCAAUGAGCAGCGGAAGAGAGACUUCUUCUGUGACUGCAGUAUAGUCGUGGAGGGGCGGGUCUUCAAGGCCCAUCGCAACGUCCUAUUCGCCGGCAGCGGCUACUUCCGAGCCCUAUUGGUCCACUACCUACAGGACAGCGGUCAGCACCACAGUACAGCCUCUCUGGACAUCGUGACGGCCGAGGCCUUCUCCUCCAUCCUAGACUUCCUGUACUCGGGCCGACUGGACCUGCGCAGCGACAACGUCAUCGAGGUGAUGUCAGCGGCCAGCUACCUCCAGAUGACUGACGUGGUGUCCUUCUGUAAAGGUUACAUCCGCUCCUCUCUGGAGAUCUGUAACAGGGAGAAAGAGAGAGAUAGAAACAAAGAGAAGGAGAGAGACGGUCCGGCUGACAGUGGAACCCCAGCCAUGCCACCUCCCUCUUCCACCACCUCUGUAACUCUUCCUUCGUUGUCACUAGAGGGAGAUGGAGUUACUCAUGUACGUUCAGAAUCCCCCCCUUCCACUGUCACAGACCCCCCAUCCUCGGCAGCAGCCCUCCCCAGGGUCCCCACGCCCCCCGGCCCUAGCAGAGACUCUGAGAGCGACUGCAGCUCCAGAGGGGAGUUCCCAUCUCAUAUUAUUGUGGGCCGGACCCCACAUGGACAUGGGGACCAUGUGAUGAACCCCCUUUCCUCUGGGUUGACCCUAGAACUGGUGCGCCCCAAGAUCGAGUACGACCCCGAUGACGAGCCCGAGGAGGGGUCUCCCGAUACCAAAGACCUGACGUUGUUUAUGGGACCCCCCCUCCACACCCACCACCCAGACCACCUCCAUGACAGGCUGGCGUCCUCCAGCCCUUCCCCCAGCAGCGAGCGCUCCUCCCUGGGCUUCGGGGGCUGCCACGCCAGGCAGUUCAUGGAUGUGCUGUUGAGAGGCGGCUCCAGCCCCCACAGGGACAGAGGGGAGCAGGGCCAGAUGUUUGCCCAGGGAUUGGGCCUCUGGGGUGGGGGAGGCAGGGUGGAUGAGGGUCUGGGGAUGGGUGGGGCCUCUAUCAUGGAGAUACAGAGCGACUGGUACGGAGAGGACACAGGUGAUGGCUUGUUAGUGCCGGUGAAGCUCCACAAGUGUCCGUUCUGCCCGUACACCGCCAAGCAGAAGGGCAUCCUGAAGAGACACAUCCGCUGUCACACUGGAGAGAGACCCUUCCCCUGUGAGACAUGUGGCAAGAGGUUCACAAGGCAGGAACACCUCCGCAGUCACUCACUCAGCGUGCACCGUUCCAGUUGGCCCGUGGUUUGUAAGGGGUGCAGACGAAGCUUCACUGGAGCCCUGUCCCACGGACUGAAACGCUUUGGCUUGUGUGACAACUGUACCUGUGUUACGACCACGGGCCACGACGACUCACCUCCCGCCCACAUCAACCUCGACGGCCAACCAGAGGCCAUGGAACGCGGGGACGGAGACAGUGAUUGGCCCAGGUUCAGGGAUGAUGCUGAUGACAUGGAGGGAGGGAUUAUAGAGGACCUGGGGGAGAAGGAGAAACCACACGGACGACUGUCAGAGACCCCAUCCACAGUGGAUACGAAGGAGAGGAGACAAGGAAAGGAAGAAUUUAACUUUCAGACACAGUUUUAGUCCUAUCUUGCAGUCUUCCUCCCCCAGUGGUUUAAUUAGGGGAACAAUCCAAGACUGAGACAGAGGUCCAUGUUAACUUUGUCUUGGCUACUAUUUUCUACCAAAAUAACUGUGGAACAGAAUCAGAACUGCAUGGCCAUAAGAGGACUGGGUUUCCCCCAAGGCGUUGUGUUGUCCCUAGGAGAAAGACGUUGUGUUGUCCCUAGGAGAAAGACGUUGUGUUGUCCCUAGGAGAAAGACGUUGUGUUGUCCCUAGGAGAAAGACGUUGUGUUGUCCCUAGGAGAAAGACGUUGUGUUGUCCCUAGGAGAAAGACAUUGUGUUGUCCCUAGGAGAAAGACAUUGUGUUGUCCCUAGGAGAAAGACGUUGUGUUGUCCCUAGGAGAAAGACGUUGUGUUGUCCCUAGGAGAAAGACGUUGUGUUGUCCCUAGGAGAAAGACGUUGUGUUGUCCCUAGGAGAAAGACGUUGCGUUGUUCCUAGGAGAAAGACAUUGUGUUGUCCCUAGGAGAAAGACGUUGCGUUGUUCCUAGGAGAAAGACGUUGCGUUGUCCCUAGGAGAAAGACGUUGCGUUGUCCCUAGGAGAAAGACGUUGUGUUGUCCCUAGGAGAAAGACGUUGUGUUGUCCCUAGGAGAAAGACGUUGUGUUGUCCCUAGGAGAAAGACGUUGCGUUGUCCCUAGGAGAAAGACAUUGCGUUGUCCCUAGGAGAAAGACGUUGCGUUGUUCCUAGGAGAAAGACGUUGCGUUGUCCCUAGGAGAAAGACAUUGCGUUGUCCCUAGGAGAAAGACGUUGCGUUGUUCCUAGGAGAAAGACGUUGCGUUGUUCCUAGGAGAAAGACGUUGUGUUGUCCCUAGGAGAAAGACGUCUCUUCUACUUGGUCUUGGUGGCACAAUGCAUCAGGUGAUGAUACGCCAUAGCAGUCUGUUCUCCAUGGAAACAGCAGGUGUCUUGUCCUCAACAGCCUCAUCAACUCCAUGCAACAGCCUCAUCAACUCCAUGCAACAGCCUCAUCAACUCCAUGUGUCGCGCUGCAUGAGGCAGAAGGUGGUCACUCUAGGUGGGACUGGUUUUUUUAAGGUAUCUAACAACAGACUCAUAUCUUAAUUCCCAGUCAUGUGAAAAUCCUAAACAUUAGGACCAAAUGUAUUUAAAUUGACUGAGUUCCUCAUAUGCACUGUAACUCAUUAAAUUGUUGCAUGUUGCGUUUUAUAUUUUUGUUUAGUGUCUAUUUCCGGAUGUUGUGUAUCUCUGAAAAUAAUCAGAAUUCAUGUCAAUUCAAGGAAAGUUUAAAAAUGUAAACAGACUUUGUCCAAAAAAUGUUGUUCUCUUGUCAUAGUUUAUUCCAGGUGUGGGGUUAAAUUGAGUGGCUGGACAGAGUGAAUUGAUCCACCUACAUAUUUCUGUUCUGAAUUAAAUAUUACCACGGCC